AUGAAAGACGAUAUUCCAACAACAUGUGUUGCUGCUGUUUUCUCUGAUAUUGAACCUGAACCACAAUUGAAGGAUAUUGAAAAAUUUAUGCAUGAUCAUGGUGGUCAACCAGAAUUAGAUUUUAGUACGGAUGAUUUAGAAAGUAAAGUUGAAUCAAUUUUACGUGAAUUAAGAAAUGUACUUAAAGAAACAAUACCAGAAGGAGAAAUGGAAAUGUUUCUUAAUUCGAUUAUGAGUUUAAUUUUACUUGUACCAGAAGAUAAAAUUAAUCGACCAAUUUUAAAUUUUUCGGAAGCUAUUAUUAAUGCUAAUUUACCAGAAAAAUAUGGACCAAUGAAACUUCGCGUAUUAACAAAUUUAAUUUAUGUUGUACCAGAAGGUAGUAAUACGGAUAAAUAUAGAAUUCUCAUUGACUUAAUCAAAUGUGCACGAAAUCAUCGAUGUAUUAAUGCUGUUUCAGUUGGAAUUAAUCAGGUUAAAAAAUGGGUCAAAGAAUGGAAAGUAUCAACUGAACAAGUACAAGAACUUUAUCGUAAUAUGCAUGAAGCAUAUGCAGCUACAGGAGAUUCUGCAAAUGCAUUACAACUUCUACUUGAAUUACUUGGUACAUAUACAAAAGAAACUGCAUCAAAAGCUCGUACAGAUGCAUUCAAAUGUAUUAUUAAUAGUAUUAAUGAUCCAAAUGUUUUUAUCAUGGAUCAUUUACUUUUACUUGAACCAGUAAAAGUUCUUGAAGGUGAAAAUAUUCAUAAUUUAUUAAAUAUAUUUGUUUCGGGUCGUUUACAAGAUUAUUUAGAAUUUUAUAGUAAACAAAAAUCAUUUAUUGAAUCAUCAGGUGUUAAACAUGAUCGAAAUAUUACAAAAAUGCGUUUAUUAACAUUCCUUCAAAGUGCUGAAAAUCAAAAAGAAAUAACAUUUGAUACAAUUGAAAAACAAAUGCAAAUAACAGCUGAUGAAGUUGAAUCAUUUAUUAUUGAAGCUGUUCGAACGAAAAUGAUACGUUGUAAAAUUGAUCAUCUUGCUCGUAAAGUUAUUAUCGAUAGUACAGUUCAACGAACAUUUACAAAACAACAUUGGCAAGCAUUAAAAGAAAAACUUGAAUCAUGGAAAACAAAUUUAGCUAUGAUUAAUACUAAUCUUAGUACAUUAAUGGCAGCACAAGGAACAACAAAAUAA